CGUAAACAAAUGUUAUCCGUUUACAAUCUUCCAGAAAACCCUAUCUAAUCAUAGGGAAUAUUACCUUACUUGGCAACAGGAAGGGUAUCCAUUUCUAGACCUGCCUCGACAACUUCUGUCUGACCCAUGCAAGCAUUGUAGUCUUUUUCUCUUUUCCAUAAGCAGUAAAGCAAAACUAGAAAUAUAGGAAUUAAGUGUUUACUACAAUUAAGAAUAGGGAUAAAAUGCUUCCUCUAUAUAUUAUUUUGACAUUUCCUCCUGGUUAUUUACAAAGAUCCCAGAUGCAUGAAGCGACGCCCCCAAACUGGGAGCUACCUAAAUUACCGACGUCUACACAUGCAUGUAUUAUAUACGUAGACUAAUUCUCUCGCUGCAGAGAAAACUACAAAAGCGCUAUAGGAUGGCGGUAAACGAACAUUGGAUAUACCGUGGAGAAGGCAACGUAAAUAUGGUUCUAUCAGAUAUCAAGCAAAAGAAAGUAUACCGUUUCGUGAAGACUAAUGUAAAAUGUGAAAACAAUUUUGAGCAUAACAAAGAAAGAGCUGACCAAAUUCAUUGUAAAUUACAGAGGACGGUUGAUUUUGUGAAAGAAGUUAUGCAGCCAUUGUUGUCUUCGGUCUAUGUCAUUCCACCACUGCUUGAAAAAAUACCAAUAGGUUUUGCUGAGAAAGUGAAUAGAGCUGUAAAAAAGGCUAGACCAGCUCACCGUAAAGGUAAAGACAUAGAUUUUGCUGCUCGAGCUGCUUUAGUGUUACCAGACUUCUGUUAUGUUUUCCAACCAAACUGUAUUUCUUCCAUGCAAUCCAAUGUGCCAUACCCUGCUACUAUUAGUAUUGAAAUUAAGCCUAAAUCAGGAUUUAUUCCAAUAUCAAAUCAUAUAAAAAAUCCCAUAAAAUUCAAAGUUUGUAAAUUUUGUAUGAGAUCUCAUUUAAAGAGCAAGAAUGGACUAUGGUUGGAGCAGAGCAGAUAUUGUCCUGUUGAUUUAUUCUCUGGAAACCCAUCACGAGUCCGUCAUGCAAUCCAUGAAUUACUAAAUACACCACAGAAUAACUUAAAAAUAUGUAAGAAUGGAGUAGAAGUUUAUAGUGAAUAUGUAAAAGAAGAUCUUUCAGAAAUUUUAGGAGAUUUUUUAGGUGAACAAGUUCAAAAUGCUGAAAAUGCUAAUAUGAGUUGUUUAGAUGUCUUUAUUAACCUUGUUGUUGAUGCCUUGCACUACCCAAUGGAUACAUGUACUCCAGUACACUAUAUCUCACAGAAAAGCCAAAACCAAUCUCAGCGGUGUCUUAAUAGCAGUUACAGAAGUACACCAGACGAAGACACGGAUUACUACUUUCCACCUGGUUGCAUUCUCGAGAAAAUACUUUCAGUUCAGUAUUUGGAUGAUUUGGAUAUAGAAGGAAUUUACCCUCUUUAUCAACAAUUGCAAAAGCAUUUUCAAAAGCAUCCUGAAGAUAGACAAAAGUAUUGCCUGGACGGUCCUUACAGGGGGGACAACUGGUAUGUGGUUUCUAAUAACAACAACAUCGAGGAUGCAGGAAAUUCUGACAUACUUUAUACAAUGAUUAAGGUGAAACAAUUUCUUGUGGCACAAACUGUAAAAGACUGCUCCAUUAUUCUUGCUAUGCAGAGACAAGAUAAUCGUUCGGAUAUGUCAGGUGUCUCUUAUUUAACAGACUGCUUUGGACAGCCCUAUAAGCAUUCCUUGGCUAUUAUUGACUUGGAUCCUAAACCAUAUGAAAAAAUUCCCGUUUAUAUGAAAGAAGAUGAAACUAUAGUUAAUACCUACUUGAAAUCACAAUUUGCUGUUCCUUGAAAGAAAGAAAGAUGUAUGUUUGGUUCAGAACAACUUGAGAAACCAAUUUACAUAAAGAGAAGUAAAAAGAUAAUUACUUUCUGAUGCGUUCAAUAAGGAAAGGAAAAAAAAAAAUUAAAUUUUUGUUGCAGAAAGUAUUGCCCCAGAAUUCAGUGUGUCUAAUUCCAGGCACUUUACAUGAAAGGAACAGUAUUGCUGAAUUACUGAUAUAGCAUCGUAAUUAAGAAUGAAGAUAUUUUGGUGAGAAAUAGAAUGGGGAGAUGCUAUUCAUUUGCUAUUAUAAGUUUCUCCUUUUAACAUCAUUGUUAUUCCCUUUGGAUCCCAAGUGAAUAAUAAUAAUUUGUAAGUGCUUGAAUACAAAUUAUUAAUUCUAAUAUAAUCUUGCUGUUAGAAAGCACUGCAUUAUGGAAAUAAUUGAAAUGAAACCAAAUUUGCAAUCCCAACACCAAUGUUAAAAUUUUUGAGUUUUACUCACAGUAAACUUAUGUGAUAGCAUAUUACCUAAGGAAAACAAUUGGGCAGACAUGAAUAAUGCUGUUCAUGCUUCAGUUUUUAGAUUGAAAAUAUUAUUUUGAUUAAAGUAUGGACUUUAUAUAUAAUUGUCUAUAUUUUAAUACGUUCAAGAAAGUUUCUUUUAUUUAAUUACUGACUUUACCUUUCGCCUAUAUGAUAAUCAUACAAAUGUUUGACAUCUGCAUAAAAACUUUGUUGCGAACAUAUAUCAUAAAAUUAAUUUUUUAAUAAAACCAAAAUAUAAUGGAUGGGGGGGUAAUCAUUUAUUUUAUUGAACAAAAAAAAAAAAGGGCGGGGACCCUACAAAAAUGAGAAUUAAGAUUGCUAUUCAUUGCACCAACAUUCGUAAGGACUUCCUCCUCCCCAUGAUUGAUAUGGGUUAAUUAUGCUUUCAGAAUUGCCUUUUACCAUUUGUCCUUCAAAAAUAUUUAUGAAAAUAAGAGUAAUGCUGAAGUCUGGACUUCAUUUUCCAAUUUAACAUUUCCAAUCACAGUAUUAUAUACUUCUGAUGAUUUUCGCAAUCUAUAAGUAGCAAGAAAGCAUUCUGUGUCUAUACUUAAUCAUAUGAAUGUUGAUAUUCAUAAUUUUUUUUUUUUUUGUUAACUCAACUUAUUUGGCUGUGGUCUUUUGAGAGAAACAGAAUUAUUCCAAAUAAAAUCUAUUUCUCUGAUGUCGAAUUAAUGUAUUAAACACCAUCUCAUUUGAAAAUAUUUUUCAAUUUUAAUGAACCAUCUUGUGGUACACUUUCAAAAUGACAUUAUUUAGAUCAAUCUUACAUAGCAUAUCAAAUUUCCUUCCAAAUUAAUAACUAUGCUUUCAAAACUGUAUGCUGCUGGCUUUUUGUUCAGAACAGAUUAAAAAAAAAAGUAGUUUAAGUAACAAAAUCUGUCCAAGAAAUCACAUACAUUUAAGAUAUUUUUCAUAUAGUUCUUUUAAGUUCUGAAUUAAGUUAAAGAAGACAAUUACAGGUUUUUGAUGCCUUAGAGUUUUAAUUUUCCAUUAAUGUUAUAUAAAAUUAAUUAUGAAAGCAGAACACCUUAAAAGUAUCUUAUUCAGGGAUUCCCUCUUCAAGUCACCAUUAGUGAGCUUAGUUACAAUGACACUUGAAUAAUCUUGUACCUAAAAAAUAUAUACACAAUUUUAUUUUUUUCAUAUAUACCUCCAUUUUGAUAAGUGGGAAUUGCUAUGUAGUAUGGUAUUGCAGAGCAACAUCCAUUUGUCUAAAUGGCAGUAAACAUAUGCUGUUCAUAUACCUUCCAUUCUAAUUAAACAGGAGGGGAGAAAUGGCAGUAAAUUUAGAUUGACUAUAAUUUACAAAACCAAAUGAGAAGUUUUACAGUUUCUAUAAAUAUCAUAAUUUCAACUCUACACAACACUGGCCAAUUAUGAGAAUUAUUGAGUAAAAUACUGGUGCACACAUAAUUAUAAAAGAUCAAGCAGGUACUGUAACUGACAAAUAAAAACUGAAUUCAGAAGCUACUGCUGUCCAAUAAAACCUAAAUGAUUUAUUGAAUAAAUUAUUACAGACAUUUUC